AUGAAGUUCCAAACUCUCGUUCUUGUUGCGCUUUCUGCAUUGGUGUCAACAGUGUUCGCCAUCCCUACUCCGGAUUGUAACGUCUGCGCAAACAGCUGUACCGUACAGUGCGCUGCACAGGCACCACGAUCAUGCUUCUGCCCACAGGUCUGUGAUCCUGAGUACUCCACAUGUACCACCCGCCGGUCACUCCUAGGAGAACGUGAAGCUACACCAGCACCAGCACCAGCACCGGCCACUAAUCCCUGUGGAUGCUACAACGACUGCACCUUCUACGGUUGCGGUGACGAUGUUGCGCCAGAGGACUGUAUCUGUACUAAGGAAUGCGAUCUCAAAUACGCUUGUGAUGCCACUCCAACCGAGACGAUCGAGGCAAGACAGGUUACAUGCGGACCCUGCACCAACGCCUGUAAAAUCAAUUGCCCGACAUGCAUUUGCCCUGAAUACUGUGACCCCGCCUAUGAGUGCCCGGCCACUGAAUAA